CCUGCGCGCAGCGGCCGCUCUAGCCGACGACGCCUCUAUGGUAGCGCGGUGGGGGGUGGCUCCAUGGCGGUGGCGGUGCUGCGGCCGCUGGACGCGCUGCCGGCUGAGCUGGCGCCGGUGACCGCGCUGCUGGUGGCGCCGGGGCCGCUGUGCGCGGCGCUGCGCGGCCGCGGCGGGCUGGUGCUGGCCGUGCGGCCGGCGGGGCGCGGCGGGGCGCAGGCGGUGCUGCUCAGCGCCGUGGUGCUGGAGGAGGAGGAGGAAGGCGGCGGCGGGCGGCGGGGCGCCGCGCUGUGGCUGCGCGGGCCGCUGCUGCGGCGGCUGGGGCUGGCGGCGGGGCGGCGGGUGGCCGUGUGGCCGGUGCGCCGGCCGCCGCCGCUCGCCUGGGUGCUGCUGGCGGCCGGCGGAGGGCGGCCGGCGGGCGGCGCGGUGCUGGCGCGGCGCGGCGAGGCGCUGCCGGGCGCGGCAGGGCCGCUGGUGCUGGAGGCGCGCCCGGCGCUGCAGGGGUUGCUGGGCAACGGCACGCGCCUCGCCCGCGCCCCGGCCCCGCCGCCCCCGCCCGCCUCCGGCGGUGGCGGCGGCCCCUGGCGGAGCCCCCCGGCCCCGCCGCUGGUGUCGCGCUUCGCGGCGGGGCCGGAGCGCGGGGCGCGGCUGCGGGCGGCCCGCGGCGGCGGCGGCGGGGCUGAGGUGUGGGUGAGCCGGCGGGGGCUGUUGGCGCUGGGGCUCUUUCAGGGCGAGUGGGUGCGGGUGCGCGCCGCGGGGGGGGGCCGCGAGCACCUGGCGGCGCUGCGGGCCCGCCCGCCGCCCUGGCGCUACCCGCGUGCCGCCGCCGCCCCCCUCGACGGCGCCCUGCUGGCCCCCGCCCUGGCCUUCAACCUGGGCUGCGACCCGGCUGCCGCCGGCCACGUCUGCCUCCUGAGGUACAAAGCAGAGGCUGGUGUUGCAGAAGGGAAGGGGAGCCGGUCCUUGCUGGCUGUGCCACCCUUUGCCAAGGAACUGCACGUUGAGGUCGUCCACUCGCCAGCCUACAGCGCCGGAGGAGUCUAUGACCAUAUUCUCUACAAGCACUUUGAAACGCCUCGGCUUGUCCAGGAGGGAGACAUCCUAUGCAUUCCGACAUUUGGAUGUGCUGAGUUUUUAGAAGCAAAUUCAGACAAAUUCCUUAGAUGGCCAGAGCUUUACUUCAAAGUGAGGAAGAUUUUAGGCAUGGUGGAAGGCGAGCAGUCUGAGGGUUACCUGGUGGACACCCAGAACACCUCUCUGUAUCUGGUGGGUUCAACCAACAGUGCUGUCCCAUCUUCCCCAGCCUAUGGCAGCCAUGAGUUCUGGAGCAGUUUAUCUCCUGCUGGACUUUCCGAUGUUGUGAAGCAACUCUGUGGUGCUCUUCGGCCUCACCUGAACAGCCAGGUAACUGCGCUGAACGGGGCAGGCAGCAUUCUCCUCUCGGGACCAAGCGGCAGUGGGAAGCUGAUGGCUGUCAGAGUUGUGUGUAGCUGCCUUAACCUUCACCUCUUCAAGGUUGAUUGUGUUAGUUUGUGUGGUGACACCAGUGGAGCCACGGAGGAGAAAGUACAGAUGGCCUUCUCCCGGGCCCAGCAGUAUUAUCCCUGCGUGCUUCUGCUGAAGGACAUAGAGGUGCUUGGUAGAGACCGGGACGGGCUAGGAGAGGACUGCAGGGUCAUUGCUACUCUGAGGCAGCUGCUUCUGGACAGAGACCUCACACUGAGCCACCCUGUCUUGGUGAUUGGCACAACAUGCAAGCCCUGGGAUGUUCCCACAGACGUUCAGACUGCUUUCCUUCAUGAGGUGAAAAUUGAAGCCCCUUCAGAAGAGCACAGAAGGCUGAUGCUGAGCACACUAACUGCCAAUCUUCCUCUGGGCAAAGAAGUGAGCCUACCAAAGCUGGCCCGCAGGACUGCAGGUUUUGUGCUGGGAGACUUCUGUGCCUUGCUGUCCCACAGCAGCCGUGCUGCUUGUACCCGCAUCCAAGCUCUGAGUUUUCCAGGAGGACUGAGUGAGGAAGUGGAGAGAGAUUUUUGCACUGCUGGGUUCCCCAUGCUUGAGGAGGAUUUCAGCAUUGCACUGGACCAGCUGCAUGAUGCCCAUUCACAGGCAGCAGGAGCCCCAAAGAUCCCCUCUGUAUCCUGGCAGGAUGUUGGUGGGCUCCAAGAGGUGAAGAAGGAGAUCCUGGACACUAUCCAGUUGCCCCUGGAGCACCCAGAGCUGCUGUCACUGGGUCUGUGUCGCUCUGGCCUGCUGCUUUAUGGCCCUCCUGGGACAGGGAAGACCUUACUGGCAAAAGCUGUGGCAACCACGUGCACCAUGACAUUCCUCAGUGUGAAAGGGCCAGAGCUCAUCAACAUGUAUGUUGGGCAAAGUGAGGAGAACGUGCGCAACGUGUUUGCCAGAGCCAGGGCAGCGGCUCCCUGCAUCAUCUUCUUUGAUGAACUGGAUUCCCUGGCCCCAAGUCGUGGGCAGAGUGGAGAUUCAGGGGGUGUCAUGGACAGAGUUGUCUCCCAGCUCCUGGCUGAGCUUGACGGUCUUCAUUCCACCAGAGAGGUGUUUGUCAUCGGAGCUACAAACAGGCCCGACCUCCUGGACCCAUCGCUGCUCCGGCCGGGGAGAUUUGACAAGCUGGUCUAUGUGGGCAUAAAUGAAGACCGGGAGUUGCAGCUGCAGGUGCUGAGUGCCAUCACCAGGAAGAGCUCAACCAGAUCGUCUCAGUGUGGUGAGGCUACAGGGCACCAGCACGGCAGGAAGUCCCCAUUUGGGUCCUGCAGGAUUUUCGCUAGCACAUUUCCUACUGUUUCCAGGACCAAGGGCACAGAAGCGGCGGGAGGAAGUGAGCUGUGCAGUUCAAGUAUGGAGGUACUCCCCGAGACAGCUGGGUGAGCAGCAGAGCAACAGUGAAUCUGCCUCAGCAGGGACUUCCAGGGACUGGAUAGCUGGUAUUGCUCCUCCCUUCAAGGAUAAUCUGGUAGGAGAGGCAAAAGCAUGGGCUGGCUGCAAGCAUCUUUUCACACCAUGUGGCUUGGCAGAAGUGCGCUCCAGCACAGUGCUGCUGUUUGUGCUCUAGGAGGUUCACUGUCUGCAGUGUGGCUCUGAUGGGAUGGUUUGGUGUCAAGGUGGUUUGUGCUGUCAGUAAUUAAAUAUGUUCUUAUUCAGCCCUGGCUGCAGGCUGUUCCCAGGUGUGGAGAUCACUUAAUUUCCCUGAGUGAGAGUUUGGAGUUGCUUUUGAUUCUACUUAGCAGGAGAGAGGACCUUGCUGCAGGGAUGUCUCAAACAGAAAUGGCCAUGUUAAAAGAAGAAAAAAAGAAAGCCUUUGAUUUUUGGAGCAUGCAGAGCACAGCCCAGGAUAUAGCAAGACUCUGUCGCUUCCAGUUCCUCCUGUCCAGUCACUCUGGCAUCUCUCCCAGUCUGUGUUAUUGUUAUUGUUGUUGUUGUUGUUGUUGUUGUUUGUUCGUGGCUCUCACACCUGUGGUUUUCUUU